AUGACGGGAGAAAUGGCGAUGGAGAAGCGUCGGCGUCGGCACGCACCACCGGCGGUCGCCUCCUCCUCUUCGUCGACCGCCGAGGCCUCCGGCCACACGCCGUCCCCUCCGGCAGACCUCCUCCCAGACAUCGCCCGUCGCCUGACCUCCCUGGAGGACUUCUUCUCCCUCCGCGCCUCCUGCCGUGACUACCGCGCCCUCCUCCCGGCGUCCCGCCCCCACCUCGCCUCCCAGGCCCCGCUCCUCCUCGUCUCCCUCUACCCCUCCUUCGCCGAGGCGCUCUUCCACCCCCGCCUCCGCCGCCUCCACCGCUUCCGCCUCCCCUGGGGCCACCACCUGCCCCCCUCCCGCUUCACCCUCCUCUACGCCCACGGCUUCCUCGUCACCGCCACCACCGCGGCCGCCCAGUACCCCCCCAGGCUCCUCCUCCUCCACCUCUUCACCGGCGACCAGCAGCGCCUCCCCAGGGUCCCCACCCCCUUCUCCCGGGCCAUCCUCUCUGCCGACCUCCUCGUCGUGCUCUUCCUGCCCGGCAGGUCCACCGUCCAGCACUGCCGCCCCGGGGAUGCGCUCUGGCGUGUGGCCACCGCCGAUGCGCCCCACGUGUUCGACGAUUUGAUCUUCGUUGACGCCACCCUCUACGCCCUGGUUGGCCUCCGUCUCGCCACGCUGGAGCUGUCCAAAAGUUCGCUGGAGCUGUCAUUCCUUGGAGGAGAGUAUGAUGAGGAGAACAGGCCGGUGGGGGAGCGGUUCAUGCUUGGGGAGUGCGACGGCGAGGUGUUGCUCAUCAGCGAGGAGCAGGCAGAGACGGUUGUGUACCGUGUUUUCCGGUGGGUGCCUGGGGAGGGAAAGUGGGUGAUGAUAACAAGCUUGGGUGGGCGAACAUUGUUUCUUGGGUUCCAUGGAUUCGCGGCUUGCAUCGGCCCAGGUUUCCCUGAGAUUCGAGGUGAUUGCAUAUAUGCAGCUGGGCGACGCUUGGGUGAAUGGUUCGAGUAUUCCUUGGUUAAUGGAACUUGUGAUGUCUGCUAUGCUGAAUAUGUGGGCGCACCACCCCUGAACAGCGAUUCACCUCUCAGACCUCCGGUUUGGGUCUUCCCCAGCUUGGUGCCAGCCUGA